UUCGCCCAGUCUUCAGUGCUUCAUUCACAACCAAAGUCAACUGUGGGAACUCCUGCAUAUAUUGCUCCAGAAGUAUUGUUGAAACAAGAGUAUGAUGGCAAGCUUGCAGAUGUCUGGUCAUGUGGAGUAACGUUAUAUGUGAUGCUAGUGGGAGCAUAUCCUUUUGAAGAUCCUAAUGAACCAAAGGACUUUCGCAAGACAAUUCAGAGAGUUCUUAGUGUCCAGUAUUCCAUUCCGGGCGGUGUUCAAAUAUCUCCAGAGUGUGGCCACCUUAUCUCAAGGAUCUUUGUUUUUGACCCAGCAGAGGUAAUUUCUAUUUCAAAUAGCUGGCCUCCUACUGCAAUAUAUAAAUUUGACAAUACACAACCCUGAAUCCUCGAGUAAUUUUGUUCUUUAGAUUCAGUUUUAAUUUAUGUAUACUACCACUUGAAUGACUUGAUUGUGUUAAUUAAAUAAAGUUUGUGCAAUUAUAUGUGAGAUCAAACAGUAUCGCUCAUGUCAUAUUAAGUGGAUUUUUAGCAUUUGAAUGUUUUUGACAUAAUUGUCAGGCAUUUUCCUUCUCCAAGGAACAUUUAUUCAAUUUACAUUUGGCUUAAAUAUAUUUUUGAUCCCUAAAAAAAUCCAACUUUUGCGUUUGUUCCCUUAUAAAUAUUUGUUUUACAUUGAGUUCCCAAUAAAAUAACAAUUUCAUUUUUGGUCCUUGGUAA